AUGGCCGACUCGCUGGAAGACCAAAGCCUCCCCCAACAACGGGUGACCUCUGAAUACUUGCCAGUGCAGAAUUCUUCGCAAUCAAUCUGGCAACAAGAAGCCGCCGAGCUGGCCGCUUGGAAUCCAACUUCCCCCAUCCCCCAGGAAGCUGAUGUUGUCAUCAUCGGUGCCGGAUAUGCUGGCGUGGCGACUGCAUAUCACCUACUCAAGAAAAUCGACGAGUCUGGCGGAGCUCAGAAGCGUUUGUCAAUCAGCAUCUUCGAUGCUAGAGGUCCGUGUUCUGGUGCCACCGGUCGCAACGGAGGGCAUCUAAGACCGGAUCUCUACGGCCGGAUUCCAACGCACAUGGCCAGAUCAGGCGUCGCGGCAGGAUCUGAGAUCGCAGCGUUUGAGAUCGCCAACCUCCGGGCCAUUGAGAAGGUCAUCGAAGAAGAGAAUAUUGAUUGUGACUUGAAGUUGGCCAGGGUUACUGACGUGUGGUGUAACCCGGAGGCAGCGCAAAGGGCCAAAGCCAAUUACGAUGUCAUGGUCAACUUGAACCUCGAUUACAUGAAGGACGUGUGCUUCAACAUGGGAGAAGAGGCGGAAGAGAUAUCAGGCGUCAAAGGCGCGCGUGCAUGUGCCUCCUACACCGCAGGCCAGCUAUCUGCAUACAAGUUCAUCGUCAGCCUUCUCAAAUCCAUGGUGGAUGCGGGCAGGGUAGAUGCACAUUCUCACACCCCUGUGACGGAGAUCCUUCCAGCGAAGGAGGGUGGGUUCUUGGUCAAGACACCCUCGGGCACAGUCUUCGCUAGACAGGUCGUGCAUGCCUCGAACGGCUAUGUGGCCGGACUAUUACCAGAGUACUCACGAAACAUCAUCCCUUGCAAGGGUGUUUGCUGUCAUAUUGACGUCCCUCAGGGGGCUCAGCGCCCUCCUUCACUGCCUGGCUCCUACAUCAAUCGUGCGUCUGAUCAUAUGCUGUCGUACCUGAUUAGUCGCGAUAACGGUAGCAUUGUGGUUGGAGGAAAAGCGUCCAUGUUGACUAGUCGCAGAGAGCAGUGGUACCACAAUGUAGAUGACGGAGCAGACAUCGACGGCGCGAAGGGGUUUUACUCGGAUUACAUGCAGAAGACUUAUCGUGGCUGGGAGGAAUCACAGGCUGAGAUUACCAAGAUCUGGACGGGCGUCAUGGGCUACUCGUUCGACACGAACCCACAUGUCGGUGUGGUACCCGGGCGGCCGGGCCAGUUCAUUCUCGCCGGCUUCAAUGGUCAUGGAAUGCCAGUCAUUUUCCUGGCGGCGCAGGGUCUGGCUGCGUUAAUUCUCUCUGACGAGACCUUGACCUGUCAUGAUGUGGGCGUGCCCAGACUCUUCCAGACCAGCCGUGCCCGUAUUGAGGUUGCGCAACAAUAUGCUGAAGAAGAUGGAGACAUAUUAGGCACUGGCCGGGCAUUCUCGCAAGCGACUCACUCAUGCUAA